CUGGAAUUCUAAUACCAAAAAACCAACCAAUAUUUUCAAGAUUGAGUUUCUUCUGCAUGGGAUAAGGUUCCUUCCCACAAAAGUCGGUAUUUAAUUUCCAUUUCUUUUGUUAUUUCGUUCAAAUUUAUAUAUAUAGAGUCGACUGUGUUGAUCACGAAUAUCACAAAUAAACUCUCUCUAAGAGCCAUUGCACGAGAAAAACGCCUGCUUAUCACACAACAAUGCUCAACGACCAUCUCGAAUUUUUUACUAAGUAGUUUCAUCUGGUAGAGCAUGUUUGAAAACCUAUCAAUCCAAAUUUUUAAUCUUAUCGGAUGGUAGAUUUCAGAGAUACAGCAAGAGUUUUCCCGAGUGCCUAACAUACAGCUUUGGCGCCGGAAAAUGGAAAGAAAGCGUAAAAAUGCCAUUACACCGUCAAUAAGAAUGAUCAGACUGAGAUUUUUACACCAUAUCUAAUCUAUGAUGUCCUCUAUUCGAUGGCAUUGUUGUAUUUCUUCAUCUCGAAUCUUCAGUUCAAAAACCCGCGUUUCUGGAGAACCGCACAGGUUAAGCUAGCUGGGUUCCAUUCUCGAGCGCUUCCACCUACAAAGAAUCCAGAACAAUAUUUCCUUAUGCAUUCAGCCAUGAGCUACCUAAAUCCGUUUUCUAAAGUUUAAACCCUGGAAGAGAUCUCUGGAAAAGCGACAUAGGUUUUCUAGCAAACGCUUGAGCUUCUUCGAAAAUUUUUUAUAAAUUACCUAAAUAAAACAAGCAUAAAAUUUCUGAACACAAUGAAGUAUGACUUAAGGGUUUAAGGACAAUCUUAAAAGAAUUAUAGACUACUAGAUUUUCAAGCCAAAAGAUCUUAGAUUAGAAACAGCAUUUUUUACAUGCCGAUUUUUCUGCUUAAGCAAAGUUGAAGAACAUUAAAUUAUAUAUCAUUUUGUUCAGAAUUGUAUGCUCUUUUUGGUUACGCAAUAUACAAAAUUUUUCAAAGAAGCUCAACGGUUUGCUAGAAAACCUAUGUCAGUUUUGCAGACACCCUUUCCAAAGCUUAAAAUUUUGAAAAUGGAUUUAGAGAGCUCAUGGCUGAAUGCAUAAGAAAAGAUUGUUCUGGAUUCGUUGUAGGUAGAAGCGCUCGAGAAUGGAACCCAGCUAGCUUAACCUAUGCGGUUCUCCAGAAACGCGGGUUUUUGAACUGAAGAUUCGAGAUAAAAGCUCUGUUUAGUGCAAAAGGAAUCAGAUUUUUGAAAAGUAUUGAGUACCCGAAAAUACCAGAACACUGUUUUAAUCUGUUUUAUGCGGUCCACCGCUGGUCCCGAGGCAGGCUUGCUACAACUCGAAACUAUGCCGCAAACCACAGCUUUUCAAGUUCUUGCUGAUGGCGGGAUCAAAACUUCGAAAAAAUCGAUGCGUCAGGUCUCCAGAAAACUUUUCCAUGAUCUUCCAGGAUUUUAAGCAAACUAAUUUUACUAUAGUUAUCAGCAUAUUUGAUUACAUAUUUAGACAUGUCUUUGCUAAAUUUUAGGCUUUACAGCUUGCGAGGAAAAGUUACUUAAAUUUGCAUGUUAAAACAUUGAAUAGCUUUUCAAUCAAAAAUCUGAUUCCUUUUGCAUUAAACAGUGCAUGUUGUACGGGCUAUAAUGCUUUUGGGUAUUUUUCCACACUGGAAUCGAUACAGAUUAUGUGGACUCGUGGGGAUGUCUAACAGUGACGUAUUCUAUGUAUUUGUGUGACUAUCAUAAUCUAAUCUUCUUGAAUUGAUUUUGUUUCCUUAACGAUUAUCGUGCUAUGUUCUGUGUUUAAAAGCGGCCAUGAAAACUCUUGCAUCUUAUUGGUGGGAAUAUCAUCUUCAACGCUACAAUCCAACUUAGAUUAACUUCUACCCAGUCAACAGUUACAAUUUAUUACUAGAUAAAUAAAUUGCGCCGUUUCUAGAAUAAAUGGCUCCCUAUCGUGCCAAGAAAAAAUGUCUCGUAGGAGGAAAUUUCUACCAUAAAUGGCUGUUUUCUAGAAUAAAUGGCAUAAAUGGCUCUUGUACUUGCAUAAAUGGCUCCUAUCGUGCAAAGAAAAAAUGUGUGCUAGGAGGAAAUAUCUAGCAUAAAUGGCUUUUUUUCUCGAAUAAAUGACUAAGCCACAAGUCUUUUGUUCUUUUUUGUGAUAUCCUGCACUUUAGUAAAAAUAAACUCUUAUCUAUCUUAUCUAAGCUAUUUAUUGUUUCCUAGAAUAAAUGGCUGUAUGGGCGACGAGAAAAGCUUAGCACUGGAGUUCGUUCCCUAGAGAAAAAGAGUUUGUGAAAUCUAUAAGAAUCUCACAAGAAUUCAUCAGAAAUUGGUAAGAGUCAGCAAAACUCGUACAUUAUUCUUAUCAGAUUGUUAUACGAUUCUUAUAAGAUUCUUGUAGGAUUCUUAUGAGAAACAUGCUCGAAUCUCCUACAGAAAAUUCCCAGUAUAGUGCUGAAAAACGUACGGCACUACCAGUGCGGACGGCAUGCUNAAGGAUUCUUAUGAGAAACAUGCUCGAAUCUCCUACAGAAAAUUCCCAGUAUAGUGCUGAAAAACGUACGGCACUACCAGUGCGGACGGCAUGCUAUGUUGCACCGCAUGGUAAAGUAAUGAGUGCACGCCAGCUGGUCCAUAAUUCAUCAACCAUGAGCAGCAAUAAACAGCAGCUGCGUUAUCGAUUAGAGACGCCAGCGAAUUAUGCUCAACCAUUAUCGAAGAAUGGUAUGAAUGUAUCGCUUAUGAAUCAUAAACCAUUGAUUAACAAGCUUUAUCAUUCUGCUACAAAUCUUCCAUUAUCACCACACCAUCAACAUCCAACUGUAUUCCAUGCUUCAAGCGGCCUUAAACAACAGAAAUAUGUUCUAUCAUCACCAUGUGAAACACCCACUGGUACAGCAAAUACUACAUUAGUGCAUGGAGUACCGCCCAUAGUCGAUUUGAAUGCAACCAUACCACGUGAAAUAACAAAAAUGCCCCACUGGUGGCUCACGUUACCCUGUCUGUUGACCAUUAUGAUUCUAACAACAACUGACUCGCUGUUUAUGAACGAUUUUAUUGUCACACGGUAUGAACAAUAUUAUCAUUUAAAUUCAUCAAAAUCAUCCGAACGAAUAGCUUGUCUAGCUUUGAAAAAGAUAACAACAACACCGAGUCACUUCAAUAAUUAUCGGUACUCUGUACAACAAGGAACAACAGCCACCUACAACAUGGUACUGACAGCAGCAGCUAAACUAAAUAUCAUCAUGUCAGCUGUAGCCACCAUACCUUCGUUGAUCAGCUUUAUUCUUCUUGGUUCUAACUGUGAUAUUAUCGGUCGAAAACCAUUGAUCAUUAUUCCAUUCAUUGGGAAAGUACUACGCUAUGCGUUGAUGUUGAUUAUUGUUCAGAAAAAUCUGGCUGAUGUAUGGAUUAUACUUGUCUCUGUUAUUGAUGGUCUGUUCGGCACAGCAGGUCUCGUCAUAGUCAGUUCAUUCGCCUAUGUGACAGAUUGUACGACACUGAAAAAUCGAACGAAAGUAUUUGUGAUUGCAGAAGUAGCCAUUUCGGUGUCCACUCGAUCUAUUACUGGAAUUAUAGCAUUAAUUUUCAUAGGAUAUUUGUUAUUUAUGGAACGAAGAACUGAUACAAAAUUAGUUGUAAUCUCGGUCAUAAAGUAUUAA